CCGUGUUACAAAAGCAGCGAUCACACCGGAUCGCACACAGCGUCGUUCUGCAGAGACAGAACAGUUGGGGAAAACAGCAACAAUGGGAAUAAAAAUCCAUGUGGAAUACUGCGGGAGAUGAGGGUACGAACCCCGCUACCGGGAGCUGCGCGACGUGGUCAAGCGCAAGUUCCCCGACGCGGACGUGUCCGGCACCGUGGGGAGACAAAGCAACUUUGAGAUUGAAGUCAACGGGCAGCUGAUCUUCUCCAAGCUGGAGACAUCAGGCUUUCCCAACGAGGAUGACGUCAUGGCAGAAGUUCAGAACGCCCACGAUGGAAAAGCUAUGCAGAAGAUCACCAAAAGCCGUCCAGCAUGCGUCAUCAUGUAAACCUCCCCCGGCCCCCCAGCAUCAUGACAGGCCAGUGCAACUGUAAACUGCCAAUGCCACCUCUGGUCUCCCCCCCCCCCCCUGCUGGAACCAGGCUGAAGUGAAACCUCGCUUUAUACAAAGCCAGCAGAAACGUCAAACGUCUGGCUCCCCCUUUCUGUUCUCAUUGUGGUGCUCCAGGCUGUUAAUGAUUACUGUAGCCUCAAAGGUUAAAGGUCACAGUAUGAUGAAUCCAUUCCUGGAGGUCCUGAAUGAUCGGAGCCGAGAUGGGGAGAAGAUGUCGCAGAAGGAUUGAAGGGCGUUCACUUUACUGUUCCUCCAGCCUCUUUGCCUGCUAUUCUCUAACUGCCUAAUUCUUUUGUCUUUCCAUGCUUGGUUUACUGCUCUCACAUGCAAACACCAGUUCCCACAGAAAGCAAAGAUCAUUCAAAGUUGAUAUGCUAAUGUUAUUCUUUAAAGGGCGACUGCCUCUUGGUUUCUGCCUCUGCACCGCUAAUGGCUAAUCGAUUCCAGGAUAUGAUAAAUGUAUGACUAAUCACUGUAAGGGUUGUGGAUAAUGAAGCAAUUUUAUAUCAUUCGUGUUUGGUAAAUGCUAAAUUAACCUCGCAAUAGUUUUUUUCUUUCUCCAUAUAACAUUGGAAAACGUAAACUUUUUUUUUUUUUCUUCAAUGAAAAGCUUCGCUGUAUUUUAAACUGUCGGGGAGAAGAGUGAUCAAAAGUGCUUCUGAAGACCACCACCCACUGGUCUGUCGGCUCACACCUAAUGAGAUGUCGGCUCGUUUGCCACAAAUAAUCUAAAUGUUCACUCCGUUAUCAGGAAUCUAUCAUCUUUAAAUAAACAUACUGUAUUAGUU